CGGCUCACGCUCGUUGCGAGCAUUUCGACAGGUUAGACUGCUGCCCUGGGUUGUUGUAUGAAUGCCUCGCUUGCUCCCUCAUAAUCUGCUCUCCACAUUCGUUUUAAACGGCAAAUUUUGAGCGGUAGGGCGAGUUGCAUGCGCAAUUUGGAGGGAAUUUGAGACGCCGUGGCCGGAGGAAUCUCUUUCUGAAACGAGAAAUGGAGAAAUCAGAGGAGAGCAGGGAAUUUGUCCUGCCUGACGAUGAAUGUCAGCCCGCUGCUGCUAUUCAAGCCACAGUAGCCGAAGAUAAAUGCAUUCACGUGGGUGCGUCCUCUCAGCUCGAUGCCCCACCCUCUGAGGGACCAUCCUCGCUUGCGGUGGAUUUAGAGUGUCAGCCACAACCUCUUGUUGAUUCAGAUCCGAGACCAGCUACGUUUUGGAGAAGAUUGCAGACAGGUUGGUCAGAGGUGGAAGAUCGACUUGCAGAGUGGUUCGGAUUAGACCAAUCUAAAUACCAGUGGGCCGUCGAUGAACUGUUGGAGCGCCAACUGACAGGAGACCACCCUGCUUCCAAGGUCAAUGUGGUGGAGCUUCAGAUGCAGGAGAUUCAAGAGCAGAGAAUGGAGAGGGAUUUAAAAGAAUCCAGUUCUUAGGGCAACACCAUCAUACUUUAAAGUGAAGAAGCUGAAAUUUGCUGAGUUCACAACGAAUAGCAUUUUUUCCACAAAUGCACGCGGACACAAGCUCCAGUCCAAUCCAUUCCACGCUCCGCUUGGUUGCAGCCUCCAGACCUCUGUUCCGUUUGCCUCUUCGAGCAAAACCAGUUCCCGAAAUUUUCUGCAGUCGAACUCACAAAACCCCUCUUGCAUGGAAAUCAAUCACAGCUCCAGCGAAACCAUAGCCGAAUCAUCAUAUCACCAAGGCGUGGAGUCCUACCUCAAGGCCUACCCAAUAGCAGCACGAAGAUUUCAUAUCACCUACUGGAAGACUUGGAAUGCUCAGAGGUGCCCUUACCUUGGUGGUGCUAGCUGGGUGCCGCCACAAAUGCCCGUAAGUACCCUUAUCACGACACUGGUGAUCCUUGAAUGAUUCUCCCUGGGAUCAUAGCCAUGUACUUAGCUACGGUAAUCAAACUACGCAGCAUUGUACGUAGCGGUGAUAAUUCUCUUCCAGCCCGGGGGGCAUCAUACUUCAUCCUCGACAGGACAUUGUGGGUCGAUUUUGGCAGGUUGUGAAGGUGACAAGAUGGAGGUACAGAUCAGAAUCAGCGACCGAGUGGAGCAAAAGAGGGUGGCAUUCCCAUUAUUGCUUGUGGGGGGGGGGGGUUACAAUUAUACCGGGAACUCUGUAAAUGAUACUGCACUGGAGUCCAGCAGACCUGGCUCUCGUAGUCUGUGCAAGCUCGCUAGCUGGAGCAUUAGUCAGUCUCAACAAAGCUGUGGGCUGCAGACCACAAGAGAAACGCUUCGUAAUGGAGCGGCACUUCCAAUCCUGCAGAGGUCUCAUCUACACGUGUAUUUAUAUAUAUAUAUAUAUUUGAAUAUACACAUAUAUAUAUAUAUAUAUAUAUAUAUAUAUAUGUAGAGACAUACAUUCACAAAUACAUACACAGAGUAUCUUUAUUUCAAAGAGGGUAGAACUAGAUUUCUCGAAUGACAAAAGUAAAUCCAAAAUGCAUCAUUUGUUGUGCUCCACUCUGCCAGUGUAUUUCAGCGCAGCGAACAAAAUUUUCAAAAUAGUAUGUAUGAUUUAUUCCCUCCUUACUAAACGGUAAACGGAACUCUCACGUCACUGCUUCCACUGAGAGCCUUCUGCUUACUAAACGGGUGCUCUAGACAACUUGGUCCGAAUCCAUACCGCGGGUAAAAGUUAAAGUAAAGUAUCGCACAAUUCUGCGCGUUAUGCGCUAGUUUCGAGUUCUA